AUCAAAUCAAAAAUAUAAAAACAAACGAAAGAAAGAAAAAUUAUAAUUCUUGUGUGGGUUUCUUGCUUGGAGAGAAAGAGAGACUAAAAAACCCUCAAAUUCACCCCAAUUUUUGUGUUAUAAUAAUAAUAAUAAUUCUGAUUUUAUUUGUAUUAUGGAUCCAUCACCAGCAGCUAAUGGUAACCAUGAACCCACUUUGAAAAAAGAUACCAAGAAAAAAGACGAUAAGAAAGAUGAAGAUCUUUCAGAGGAGGAUUUGGCAUUGAAACAGCAAUUAGAGCUGUAUGUUGAAAGAGUUCAAGAUGUUGAUCAAGCUUUACAAAAAGUUGCACUUGAAAGCAUGAGACACGAAAUUAGGACAUCUACUAGUUCUAUGACUUCUGUUCCAAAGCCACUGAAGUUUUUGCGUCCGCAUUAUGGAACCCUGAAAUCGUUUUACGAGACAAUGCCAGAUUCAGAUUUAAAGAAAUUGCUUGCUGAUAUUCUUUCAGUUUUAGCUUUGACUAUGUCCGCAGAGGGUGAGCGGGAGAGUUUGAAAUAUCGAUUGUUGGGUUCUGAAGGUGAUAUUGGUUCCUGGGGUCAUGAGUAUGUUAGAAAUUUGGCUGGUGAAAUCGCACAAGAGUAUUCCAAAAGAGUGAACGAGGAAUCAACCGUUAAUGAUCUAAUAGAGCUUGUGGAACAAAUUGUUGCUUUUCACAUGAAGCAUAAUGCUGAACCUGAGGCUGUAGAUCUGCUGAUGGAGGUUGAAUACCUUGAUCUACUACCGAAGCAUGUCGACAAAGCAAAUUACAAAAGGACUGGCUUAUACCUAACAAGUUCGGGGAGAUACCUCCCUGGACCAGAUGACAUAACAGUUUUGGAUAUUGCAUACACAAUCUACAUGAAGUCUGAAGAGUUUCCAAGGGCACUUCAGAUUGCACUCUAUCUCGACAACAUGCAGCAUGUGAAACAGGUUUUCACUUCUUGUUCCGAUCUUUUGCGAAAGAAGCAGUUUUGCUACAUUCUUGCUCGUCAGGGAUUAAGUUUUGAGCUUGAUGAAGAGAUGUGUAGCGAUGAUGACGACAGGGAGGCCUUACAAGAAAUCAUCAAUAACACUAAAUUAAGUGAAGGCUUUCUUACUCUUGCUCGAGAUAUUGAAGUGAUGGAGCCCAAAUCUCCUGAAGAUAUAUAUAAGGCACAUUUACUUGAUGGCCGGGCGAGUGCUGGGGCCAGUGUUGACUCGGCCAGGCAAAACUUAGCAGCGACGUUUGUGAAUGCAUUUGUGAAUGCUGGUUUUGGCCAGGAUAAAUUAAUGACAGUCCCGGCAGAGGCUUCAAGUGGAGGCUCUUCUGGAAAUUGGCUUUUUAAGAACAAAGAACAUGGGAAAGCUAGUGCCGCCGCAAGUUUGGGAAUGAUUGAUCUUUGGGAUGUUGAUGCUGGGCUUGCUCAACUUGACAAGUACUUCCAUAGCAAUGAUAACCAAGUAAUUGCUGGUGCAUUGUUAGGAGUCGGAAUUGUAAACUGUGGCAUCAGGAAUGACUGUGAUCCUGCCUUGGCCCUUCUUGCUGAUUAUCUGGACAAAGAAGAUUCUUCUAUUAGAAUUGGCGCUAUAACUGGUCUUGGACUUGCAUACGCAGGAACUCAGAAUGAACAGAUUCGUGACAAACUGACUCCCAUUCUUGGGGACCCAAAAGCACCACUAGAUGUAAUUGCCUUUACAGCAGUUGCAUUAGGUUUGGUGUAUGUUGGUUCUUGUAAUGAGGAGGUUGCUCAGGCAAUAAUUUUUGCCCUCAUGGAUCGAAGUGAGGCAGACUUAGGGGAGCCAUUCACCCGACUAUUACCUCUUGGCUUGGGUCUUCUUUACCUUGGGAAACAGGAUAGCGUGGAAGCUACUGCUGAGGUAUCUAAGACAUUUAAUGGAAAGAUCAGAAAGUAUUGCGAUAUGACGCUGUUAUCUUGUGCCUACGCUGGAACAGGAAAUGUUUUGAAGGUUCAACACUUUCUUGGUCAAUGUGCACAGCACCUGGAAAAGGGUGAAACAUUUCAGGGUCCAGCCGUGCUGGGUAUAGCUAUGGUAGCUAUGGCUGAAGAACUAGGCCUGGAUAUGGCAAUCCGUUCAUUAGAGCAUCUGUUACAGUAUGGAGAACAGAAUAUAAGAAAGGCAGUUCCAUUGGCUCUUGGUCUUCUUUGCAUAUCAAACCCAAAGGUUCAUGUGAUGGAUACAUUGAGCAGACUCAGUCAUGAUGCUGAUACAGAAGUUGCAAUGGCGGCAGUUAUAUCUUUGGGGUUGAUAGGUGCAGGAACCAACAACGCUAGACUUGCUGGCAUGCUCCGGAAUCUUUCAAGUUAUUACUACAAAGAAGCCAGUCUUCUCUUCUGUGUUCGAAUUGCUCAAGGUUUCGUACAUAUGGGGAAGGGUCUGUUGACUCUUGCUCCCUAUCACUCCGAACGCUUCUUAUUAUCUCCGACGGCCCUGGCUGGACUUAUAGUACUACUGCAUGCAUGUCUUGAUAUGAAAGCUAUCAUCUUGGGAAAAUACCACUAUGUUCUCUACUUUGUAGUUUUGGCAAUGCAGCCUAGAAUGCUGCUGACCGUUGAUGAGAACCUGAAACCAUUGUCAGUACCAGUUCGGGUAGGUCAAGCUGUCGAUGUUGUGGGCCAGGCAGGUCGACCCAAGACAAUCACUGGGUUCCAGACCCAUUCUACCCCGGUUCUUUUGGCUGCUGGGGAUAGGGCAGAACUUGCAACAGAAAAGUAUAUCCCCCUCUCCCCUAUUCUGGAAGGAUUUGUUAUUUUGAAAGAGAACCCGGAUUACAGGGAAGAAGCCUAGAUACUUGAUGAUUCAGGGUUGAGAUUAAUCGAAAUUUAAAGCAGCAUGUCGUCUUUAACCUGGGUCUGAUGCUGAUGAAGUUGCAUCUUGUUCUAUGUUCCGGGUUUAGGCUUUUGAGGCAUAUCCUGACAUGUUGCCUAUGUAGCUUGUAAAUCUUUUUAAUUGAUUUUCAGGCUUAAGUUUGACGUCGGUGAUAAAGUAGACUUACGUUUUGGACGGCUGUAUUGCAUAUCAAGAACUUGUUGUAUACACAUUUCAAUUAAUCCGCUUACAAGAUAGUAGGUGAUUCUUUAA